AUGAAGGCAACGUGCCUGUGGCUGGUUCCGUUGGUGAUCUUGUCGAUCAGUGGCCGGGCGUGUAGUUCGCAGCGACCCAACGGAUCACCGGAUGCCGGUGACGAGGGUAGUCCCUUCCUGGAUAUGGCGACCGAGUUUCUGUCCACGCUCGGCAGCCAACAGGCCGGAGGAGGGGGUGGUGGCGGAGGUGGAGGUGCAGCGGCCGGCCUGUCCGGCAUUGCGUCCAUGCUGUUGCCACUGAUGGCGAAUGCGAACGGUGGCACUGGCGCUGGUGGUGGUAAGGCGAACAAUGACGGUAUGGGAGCGAUCCUGUCCGGACUUGGGAGUAUGUUGGCCGCCGGAGCCAACGGCGGUGGUGGUGGCGGAGGAGGCUUCGAUCCGGCUCUGAUCGGAAAUGUGAUCCAGAUGUUUGCUGGGGCUGCCGGUGGGAUGGCGGAAGCCGACGAACCUGUGGCGGGCCGGAAGCAGCAGCAAGCAGCCGGAAGUGGUCGGCGUCAGAAACGGAAGGCGCCGGUGGGCGACCAGCAGAACCCGCUCGUGGACACCGUGCUAACGAUGGCUUCGGGUUGGCUGGCCAACUACAACAGUGUCGAUCACGAUGGUAGUGCGCCGGGUGGUGCUGGAGCGGAUGCUCUGGUCAACCUGUUGCCGCUGGCGGUCCAGGCGUUCCAGUCGUUCAGUGGGCCAGAGAUGGAGCGCACGCAGGAGCGACACAAGGAGCACUCCUGGGUUUUGCCUCCAUUCCUGGAGAAGGUGCACGUUAUGUGGGACCAAUUCACGCAAUCCGAGCUGGCCGAGGCGCUGUGGGCGAAGCUGGGACUGAACGCGGUGUUCAAGGGAUUCGUUGGCCGCGACGGACGGCUCGAUUACGAUAAGUUGUUCGAGUCGCUGCAGAAUCAAUCGUUCCGGCGGCGCUGGAUCAAGGCGGCCACGCUCUACCUGGCCGAGUGGGCCACGUAUAUCGCCAACCCGGAGGUGUACCUCAGAUACGUCGCCACGGGCGAGAUAGUGGCCAACGGGUUCCUGCAGGCGCAGGGCUACCCGAAGCAAACGCUGCUGGACAUGAAGCGACCGAGCGAAACGAUCUCGAACCUGAUCGAUCACGUUGCCAAGCGCCACCUGGCGGUAAAGAUCUCCUCCGUUCAGUACGUGAAACCGGCGGUCAGUUACGUCCGAGAUCUGCUGCAACUGGGCAAAGCGAAGCAGUUCCUGCAGCAGUACAAUGUGACCGAGAUGACGGACAAGCUGACCGAUACGCUGAACCUGGAGGUCAUCGAGCCCGUCCUGAAGGUGCACCGGGCGUACCGACAGGCGAUCGCAGCGCCACACUGCGAUAAGUACAUCCUGUGCGAAGUGAACUCGCACGAUCCGAACGAGCAGCUCGGUCUUGGCGGCUUCAAGCACGGGGUCACGCGCUUCGGCAGCAUGGCGGCCGCCUGGUUCAUCGCGCAGGAAACGCGCACCCCGUUCUGGACGCUGUUCGCCAACAUCAACGAUCCGCACCACUGCGACGUCAAGCAUCCGGUCGACUGCGAGGAGUACCACGAGAGCGAGAACCGCGUCACCACCGAGUAUCCGCACAGUGAGCUGUGA